UGAGAGGACUCUUUUCUUCCUCGGCAUUACUUUAUUUCUCCUCUCGGCCUCUCCGUUUUCUCCCGCCUCCAUUACUGAUAAAGCCUAAAACCCUAAACCCUAAUUUCCAAACACAUAUGGGCCGUCGAAAGAACAACGCCAACAAGAACAUCAAUACUUCAGCGAGCUUCCCAGCAUCCCAGCAGCCUCAGGGCUCAAAGAUCCGGUUCCAGGACGCAGAAGAGGACAAGCCGGCCAUGGACAGUUCUAAUCUCGACGUCUCUACUACUAUUCCCAGCGACAAAGCCAUUGCUAUGGACGAUGACUCCAUGUCAGAGGCCGACGCUACUGUUACCGGGCCCAAUCACGGGGACGACGACCAAACCAGCGCCGAUUACUACUUCGAUUCUUACUCCCACUUUGGCAUUCACGAAGAAAUGCUGAAGGACGUUGUAAGAACCAAGACAUACCAAAAUGUCAUUUAUCAGAAUAAGUUCCUCUUCAAGGAUAAAGUAGUGCUUGAUGUUGGUGCCGGGACUGGAAUUUUGUCCUUGUUCUGUGCUAAAGCUGGAGCAGCCCAUGUUUAUGCGGUUGAGUGCUCGAGCAUGGCUAACAUGGCGAAGGAAAUUGUUGAAUCGAAUGGCAUGUCGGAUGUUGUAACGGUUUUAAAGGGAAAGAUUGAAGAAAUAGAGCUCCCAGUGAAUAAAGUGGAUGUAAUAGUUUCAGAAUGGAUGGGAUACUUUCUCUUGUUUGAGAACAUGUUGAAUACAGUUUUGUAUGCACGUGAUAAAUGGCUUGUCAACGAUGGUAUUGUGCUACCCGACAAAGCUUCCCUUUUUUUGACAGCCAUUGAGGAUGCAGACUACAAAGAUGAUAAGAUUGAAUUUUGGAAUAAUGUCUAUGGUUUUGACAUGAGCUGCAUUAAGAGGCAAGCAAUCAUGGAACCUUUAGUUGACACCUGCGAGCAGAAUCAAAUUGUUACAAACUCCCAACUACUCAAGACGAUGGACAUCUCCAAGAUGACUUCUGGUGAUUGUUCGUUUACUGCCCCCUUCAAGCUGGUGGCAGAGCGUAACGAUUUUAUCCAUGCAUUGGUUGCCUACUUUGAUGUAUCAUUUACCAAAUGCCAUAAACUGAUGGGAUUUUCCACAGGCCCAAGAUCAAGGGCUACACAUUGGAAACAGACAGUGCUGUACUUGGAGGAUGUGUUAACAAUAUGUGAAGGCGAAGUGCUGAGUGGAAGCAUGACAGUUUCCCAAAAUAAGAAGAAUCCUAGAGACGUUGACAUCAUGUAUGAUGAGAUCUUGGGCAGAGGGGCAUUCAAGACUGUAUAUAAGGCAUUUGAUGAGUCUGACGGAAUUGAAGUUGCUUGGAACCAAAUGAACAUUGAAGAUGCAUUACAGACACCGGAACAGUUGGAGAGGUUAUAUUCGGAGGUUCAUCUGCUCAAGUCACUGAAGCAUGAAAACAUCAUCAAGUCCUAUCACUCUUGGGUAGAUGACAAGAAUAGAACUAUCAACAUGAUUACGGAGUUGCUCACUUCUGGCAGUUUGAGGCAGUAUCGCAAGAAGCAUAAGCAUGUUGAAUUGAAGGCUAUAAAAAACUGGGCCAGACAGAUACUUAGAGGUUUACACUAUUUGCACAGUCAGAGCCCUCCUAUCAUACAUCGUGAUUUGAAAUGUGACAAUGUGUUUGUCAAUGGCAACACUGGGGAAGUUAAAAUUGGAGACCUUGGAUUAGCUACUAUCAUGCAGCAGCCAACUGCUCGAAGUGUUAUAGGUACUCCUGAAUUCAUGGCCCCAGAGCUCUAUGACGAAGAGUACACAGAACUUGUCGACAUCUAUUCUUUUGGCUUGUGCAUGCUAGAGAUGGUUACUUGUGAAUACCCAUACUGUGAAUGCAGAAAUCCAGCACAGAUUUACAAGAAAGUUUCUUCGGGUGUAAAGCCAGCUUCCCUUGCUAAAGUCGAUAACCCUCAAGUUAAGGAGUUCAUAGAGAAGUGUUUAGUCCCAGCAUCUGUAAGACUGCCUGCCAUUGAACUCCUUAAAGACCCAUUUUUAGCAGCAACAGUCACUCCAAAGGAAGUAGUUAUUUCUUCUGAUUCUCUGGAUUUGUCAAGUCUGAUGCUCAGGCAAGGCAACUCACUUCUUCCAUCAGAAUCGUUUCCCAUGGAAAUAGAUAUUCAUAGCAAGAAGUCAUCAUCAAAAACUUCUUGCAUUGAAAGCAUGAACGAAGCAAUGCAGCUCUCACCUCUAGAAGUUGAGAGGUGCACCGAGACAAAUGGAUUCAGGUUAAGAGGGGAGAAGAACGACGAGAAUACUAUUUCAAUGACCCUCCGCAUUGCCGAUUCAUGUGGAAGGGCUAGGAACAUACACUUCUCCUAUUUUCUGGAUUCGGAUACUACUCUCACAAUAGCAGAGGAGAUGGUUGAACAACUUGAAUUGCCAAGUGAAGAUGUUGCUGUGAUUGCUGAGAUGAUUGAUAGCUUGAUAAUGAAGCUGCACGGUGCUGCAAUUAUGCAGCAGAAUGGUUUGUUUGGUAGUAACAAUACUCAGCUGCUGUUUACCAAAGAGCAAGAAGAGGCCCGGGCGACAACGAUCGUUUCUGACAUUUCUAGCACCGAGUUUUAUCUCACAACAGUUUCUUCCUCAGAUGAUGUUAUCGACAACAACCAACAGCAAACCGUGAUUUUGUCUUCUUCUCCUGACUACUAUGGCCUGGGACAGGAUGCAAGUGAUGUGAUCAUCAGUUCAGACUCUGUUGUGAAUAAUAAUAAUAAUAAUAAUAAUAUGAGCUGCUUGUCCAGCAUCUGCUCUCUGUCGCGUGGAGAAGAAGACAAGCAGCAGCAAGAAGGUGAUGAGCUGCAGCUGGAACUGGCUGCUAUUGAUAUGCAGUACAAUAUGUUUUUUCAAGAACUGUCGAGGUUGAGGGAGGAGGCAGUGGAUAACGCGAAAAGGAAGUGGAUGGCCAAGAAAAAAGUAGCUGUUGUUAUGUGAUGUGAUUUGUGUUAGUUGUAGAUUGCCCCUUUAGUCUCCCAUCUUGUUUUGGUUUUGAUUCUUUUUGUUCUCAAUUCUUUGUUUGCUUCCAGUGAUUGAGUUUUAGUUGUGGCUGGGGGCAACUCAAAGGAAUUCAUUUGUGUUGGAUUUUUUUCCCGUUUCCCCCUUUUGGCUUUUGGGGUGGGACUUCAUCGUUUGUUGAGUUUCUACUUGACCAUUGAAUUCUACUGUUAUAUUUUUCUGUGUACAUAACUGGAUUAUUUUCGAUUAUUCUUAAAGAAUUAUUCCGGUAAA